CUAAGAACCAAUAGAAGAUCAGCAACAUGUUUGUUAGAGUUUCUUCCUGGAGUGUCACGCUGUCCUUUAGGAGAUUAUUAUAGGGUCGGAAAAGAAGUAGGCCAAAAAUGAGUAAAGCAAGCAUUUUUAAUUGUACUAAAAGGCUUUUUUCGUUCAUUUCUAAAGAUAGUUCAGUGCUGUCGACAGGCACAGUUUGCCUGUUAAAAAAAGCUAUUAAUUCUGGGUACACCAAACCGGUUCAAAAUCAACAGGCAUGGGGAGGUGUAUCUGUUUGCGAAUCAGUAAUGAAGAGAUUCUUCACAGACUGUCACAGAGACGCAAAGGCUUCUUCUAACCUAGAGAGUACCGCAGUGUGGGAAAGUACACAAUAUCCACAGGAAACGGUGGCAGUGGAUUCGGAGACAGAGAAUGAUGAAACGCGGCCAAACUCCAGCCCUGUGUUUAACAUUGAUCUUUUGGUGACUCUUUUAAGGCAAGAGAAUGCCAAAGACAUUUGUGUGAUCAAAGUACCAGAAGAAAUGAAGUAUACAGAUUACUUUGUUGUGGUAAGCGGUUCAUCGGCGAGACAUCUAAGCGCUAUGGCACACUACGCAAUAAAAGUGUACAAGCACACAAAGAGAGAAGGUGACCCCCAUGUCCAGAUUGAAGGAAAGGAUGCAGAAGACUGGGUGUGCAUAGAUUUUGGGAACAUUGUGGUUCAUUUUAUGCUUCCCGAAACAAGAGAAAUGUAUGAACUGGAGAAGCUGUGGACCCUCGGUUCUUAUGAUGACCAACUAGCCAUGAUAUCUCCAGAAACACUGCCUGAAGAUUUCAUCUAUGGGCCAGUCCUGGAUUCAGAACCUGCGAAAUAAUAUUGAAUUGAGCAAUCUGAAGUAAGAGCUGCACUUCAAAUGAACCAUCUAAAAAGUGCACAGAUUAUUUCCAUUACAAGUGUAGUGUUAUGAAUUAAGCUUGCAUGGUGUUUAACAAGAGAGUUCAGUACUUUAAGCCUACCUACCACACAGCAUUGUGAAAAAAUUAACUCUGCACCACAUUUUCUCCUACAUGAAAGGAACAGGACAAUAGCCCACUACACUUGGCAAACCUAGGUAAUGCUUUGUUAAAAUUGCAAUUAUUAUUGUACUAAAUAAUAAUUUACACCUGGUUCCAGAGACCCUACAAUUAGCAAAAACCUUUGGUAAGGUCGUCCAAGAUUAGUGCUAAUCUGGGUAUGAGAGCAAGCCAUAAGUGUAUUUAUUCAUAACUACCACUGAAGAAUUUGUUAGGUACUGGAGCCUACUUUGCUAACAGCUACACAAUUGUGAAUAUAUGGGUUUGUAUUUUUAUUCAAACAAACUAAAGUAUUUUAAAUAUUUGUACAAACUGGGCUACAGUGACAGAAUUAAAAAUUAACAAAAAAGUGAAUAUGGACAUGCUGCUAGGAAUGGUGCUGUAUCAAUAAACCACAUGUUCCAAUCGUUUCUUCCCUGACUCGGUUUCUGAAUGUAAAAGGUGAAAGAAUGCAUGAAAAGGUCACUGCCAUAUUGUCUGUUGUUUUUUUUAACAUAUGUAUUAUCAUAAUCAGCUGGUGGUUUUAUAAAUAAAAACAUAAUGUAGAGA